AUAGGCAUGCGUAAGGUUGAGAAAAAGGUUUACGGGUUACGGAUGUUGAUGGUGCAUCAGCAAAAUAGUGUACAAAAUAGUUUCUACUAAAAAUAAUUUCCAAUUUAAUCAGUUGUAUUGUUAACUAUCAUAAAUUAUUUAAUUACUAUUUUUUAUCAAGUAAUUCAAUUGAUUUGUGAUUAUUGGUGUUUAUUUUUGGAAUAACUAUACGAUAUAUUAGUCAGUGUAGUUACUACUGCUGUUAAAAAGAAUCAAUUACUUCAUUUCCGGUAAUACUCAAUAUUAAAUUUUGCUAAUAUUAGUAUUUUGCAAGGAGAUAAUAUGUCUGAAGAGCAUCAAUUACCAUCGGAUUCUGAUGAAGAUGAUGAAGAUUAUGUUCCUGAUGGAGCGGAACAAGCGGGAUCUGAGGCUGAAUCUGAAGGAGAAAUUGAGGAAGACAGUGGAGCAGAAGAUGAAAAUGAUGAGAACGAACAGGUUUCUAAGAAACAAAAGAAAAGAGGAAGAAAAGGAAAUAAAAGUAAAGGUAAUAAACGGAAAAAGAUCGAAUCCAAGGAUGUUGAUAAUGAAGAUGAAGAAGACAAAAGUGAGAAAAAAAUUGUGAGCGAAGAAGAAGAAAAAUUACGGGCAGAUUCACUCUGGGCAGAUUUUAUGAAAGAUACAGGAACAGUAUCGAAGCCAAAACCACAAAAAUCAUCGAACAGUUCACAGGAAAACAGUCAAAUUGUGAGGCCUAAAGUUGAAGAGAAAGUAAAAAUAACAAAAAUUUUUGAAUUUGCUGGAGAAGAAGUUAAAGUUGAGAAGCAAGUAGCUGCCAAUUCUGCUGAAGCCCGACUGAUAUUAUCUUCAACAGAAAAAUCAUUGAAUCAAUCAGAGUUGAACAAUGAUUCCAGAAAAACAGUUAGAAGAGGUCGCGGUGGAAGUCUCGGUGGCAUAUCUUCAGUUCUUGGUCAAAUUGGCAGAAAGGCAAAAAUUAGUACUCUAGAGAAAUCAAAACUCGACUGGGAUAAUUUUAAGAAACAAGAAAAUCUUGACGAAGAAAUCACUACUCACAAUCGUGGCAAAGACGGAUACUUAGAACGUCAGGAUUUCCUUCAGCGAGCGGAUGUCCGUCAGUUCGAGAUCGAAAAAGAACUUAGAACAGUAGCAAGACGCAGUACGCGAUGAGCGGCGUUUAUUUGUAUUUUAUUAUUUACAUAAAAUGAAACAGAAUCGAUGAAUAUGAAUAUGAAUGAAAAAAGAUGAUAAUAACAACUGCCUUUUGAGUUAUAGGAUCAAGUAUUAAUCAUUCCAAGCCACCAAAAGGACGUAAUGAACUAAUGAAUUUAAAAAAACAUGUUCACAAUCAAUUGCCAUUUAAAUACCUUAAGAUUUUUCAACUGAUGUACCAACAUACAUUACCAACCGCAAUCGACUCAAGGCCAAUUAAUAAACAAUAAAAACUGGCCCAUUGACGACUUUUAUUUAUUGUCAAGAGUGACUCUGCUCUAGUAGUUAAUAACUAACGGCUUCAUAUCAAUGUAUUUAAACUAUUAUUAUAACUAUUAUUCAAGAGAAGAAAUUUAUCUUCUCAAUACUUAACGCUGCUCAGGUGACAAAUUAUGGACGUUUGUAUAUUUAUUAAAGCGUACGGCAUUAACUUAAUAAUAUUGAUUUUUCAUUGAGUCACGUCAUUUGUUAUU